UGUCACAGAAAUUUUGUUCAGUGUGGUUGAAAAACAGUGACUCAAAAAAUAAUCUAAUCGGUGAAAAAGUAUCAUAUUAUCGUGUAACAGCAAAUUUUGAUCCCAGAAGACUCUCGUAGUGUUUCUUGAGAACCACUUAGAGUGCUGAAAGAGUGAAAACUUUUGAGUUAUUUAGUGUAACGCGGGUUUUUUUGUUAGUGUGUCGAGGCCCUGAACCCCCCCGAACUUGCAAUGUUUUGCAAUUUCGCCGUAAAAUUCCUCACCUUGCUUGCCCUCCUGUCCCUCCGUGGCUGCGACGGUCUGGACAAAUUGGAGGUAACUGGGGAUGGAUGCAAAGUGACUGAACCCAUCUACAAUUCAACCUUCGACCUGGGGAGCCUCCAGUCGGAUUUGGGUCAUUCUGUGAAUCUCGGGAAGGAUAAGAUUGAAUUUAAUCUCUGUGGUGCUGUAUCGAAGAGCUGCAAUGGGACAACAGGAGUUGGUGCCUGCCUGCACGCCAAGGGCAAAGAUAAAGUGUUGGGUAUGGAGCACACCCUUAAGCUAUCAAAUGGGCGAUUCCACUUUGAUUUCUCCGGAGAGAAGUGCUCAGCCAGUAAGAAUUAUUCUCUCUCGGUGAUUCUCCAGUGCGACUACACCCCCGUAAAGGAUCCAUUCAGUGCUAAACGGAGUAGCGAUGGUUGCACAUACGUCGUAAUGUAUCGCACAAAGAUUGCAUGCACACCAACUUCCGCGAAACCACUUGACUCCUGCUCCAUACCUCUGAACUCAUUUACAACAAUCAAUCUCUACCCACUUGCAAUGGUCAAUCAUGUUGUUGACGACCGCAACGGGGGCACAUUCCUUAUAAAUAUUUGUCGACCAGUUCUCUGGGAUCUGGAUGCAAUGUGUCCACCCGGAACGGGGGUGUGCUUUGUCAAUCGCACCGAAACGGAUUUGACAAAGAGAUUCCAGAAUUUGGGGACAAUUGAUAAGCCAACGAUUGAUAAUGGUACCCCAUCGGUUAAGAUGAUCAGUCCAGAGCUCUGUUCAAGCGACACAACACGCCACGUAUCCUCAAUCAUCACCUUCCAGUGCGACAAGACGGCUCGGAUUGAGAAGAUUGAAUUCAUUGGCUAUCAAGAUUGUCAGUAUGAGUUUGUUUGGCCCACAUCGGCUGUCUGCGAAACCCUCGAACCAUGCACAGCUGUGGAUCCAAAGUCUGGCUUCAAGUAUGACCUUCGGCAGCUGUCGAAGAAGCCAUACAAUGUCACCCAUGAUAAUCACACGUACACCUUCGGGGUGUGCUCUGCCCCACUAACACCCUGCCUCGAAUCAUCCGGGGCGUGCGAAAUCUUUCCCACAGAAACCAUCGGCUUGGGUAUUGUCAAUGAUAAGCUAAUGAUUAAUCAAACUGGAGCACCUUUCCUCAAAUACUCCGGCGGGGGGAUGUGCAAGAAGAACAAGGAACCCUGGCAUACGGUAAUUGAGUUCGUGUGCGCAGAGUCGGGCAUGGAGAAGGGACCAAAGAUAAUCGAGAACACAGAUUGUCGUCUCAUCAUCCAAUUCGUAACGGAUGUCAUUUGCCAAGAAAAACAAAUCUCCUGCCAGACCACCAAUAGCUCCUUUGACUCCGUUAUUGAUCUCACCCCCCUCAUCAAGUAUACGGAAAACUACGUCGCAAACAUUAGUUCGGAGAUAAAGGGAGACAAUGCAAAGAGUCAGUACUACAUCAAUGUAUGUCGCCCACUUGUGCCACAAUAUGGACUGAGUUGCCCGGGUGGGUCUGCAAUAUGUCAGGCUACCAUUGAGAAUGGGAAGCCGGAGAGUGAGAAGAGUCUGGGGUAUCCCGAUGUAUCCCUAACUAUGGUGAACACAGCGGCUGGAUCGAGGGCACAGCUAAAGUAUUUGCGAGGAAGUGACUGUCCUGCUGAUAAGGACACCAAACUCUCCUCUGAAAUAAACUUUUCGUGUGACCCAAAAGUUGGUCGAGGAAAUCCCAUCCUAAAGACCAUAACGCACGACUGUCUUUAUGAAUUCGAAUGGGCAACCAAUGUAAUUUGCCCCACGUACAAGUGCGAAUUCUCAAAGAAGCACUGCUCCAUCCACAACGAGCAGACAGAUAGCGAUUUUGACUUGAGUGACUUGGUGAAAUCCAAUCCGAAGUUGAAUGAAAUGAAAUUCUGUGAACUCGACAAGUACCAAGUUAUGGCUGAUUAUGCUCAAGGCAGUGUGAAGGUGUUUUCGAGUACCAAACAGAAAUGCGGUGAUAUGAAUAUUGAAGUGAGACUGAAUUGCAAUGGCGAUGAGCGAAAUUCCUCAACGAAAGAUGACGCACUUUGUCAUUUGCUCAUAACUUACGAAACCCCAUCGAUUUGCGCAAUGCUCGGACUGGACCCACCUGCCCCAUCACCAUCUGUCACCACACCGAAAUCACCGGAAGUUCCAAAGGAUAAGAAUUCGGAAGAUGAUGACAAGAAGAACGGAGGUGGAAUGUCCCGGGUUGGGGUUGUGUUUAUCGUAUUGGUUGUUUUUGGUGCUCUUGGUGGUAUUGGAUUUGCCCUGAAAGAUCCUGAGAGGCGUGAAAAGGUUCUUACACUCAUACGACGCAAGAAUACCAACGUUACGUAUUCACGGGACUUCGACGAGCCCUAUUACAGCAUAUAAAUUUUAUUUUUAAGAAGUUUGAAUUUUGGUUUUUGUAUCUCAUUUACAUUUACAAUUCAAACAUUUGUUAAUUUUUUUGUUGUUGAUUAUUGUGGCUUUAGUUUUUGCUUUUUUUUCAAAAUUAUUGUGACUAAAAUAAUUUUUUUAUUAUAAAACUAAAAAAGGAAAAUUUUGAAAGUUUCUCAAAGAAGAUUCUAAAGUAAUUAUCGUAAAUUUACAGGUUUCCAAUGAAGAAGCCAGCCUUUUGAUGAAUCCAGCCACACUAACUGAAAGUGAUGAUGAACUUCUUAUUUAAUAACCUUUAAUGUGUCCUUUUAAAGCUAAAAAAUUGUUUGCAGUAUAUUCUUAGAAAUGAAUUACGUUCCUUUUUUUACCAAAAAAGAAAAUGAUAAAACACCUGUGAGAGUUAAUUUUUGUAAGAUUUCACCAAAAGAAAUUUAUAGUCAUUGUACUUAUUUGCUGUGUUAGAUAUAAAAUAACACUGGUGUAUUUUUUGAUUUAUGUAAUAUACCUACAAAUGAUACAUUUGUGAUGUUUAAAAGACGCUAUAUUACUAAAAAAAAUAAAAUGGUGUGUAUAAUGCAUUGAGAAAUGAAUUAUAAAAAUAAUUUUUAAUUAUUAAAUCAAUGAAAAUGUCUUGAAUUUGAGAUAUUUUAAGUGAUUUUUUUUCUUGUCAUGAAGAUAUUUUUAUAUUAGCUAGGCAAAUAAAGAUGGGCAAUGUGAAUGAGAA